CAAAAAUAAUAACUUCUUGAAUUAAUCUUUACAUAGUUUUUAAAGAUGGCAGGACUUGAACUGCUUUUCAACUGCGUGUCAAACUCCAUAACAUGUUCGCAGGAUGCUUUGAUCUGUUUUGUACACUGGGAAAUAGUGAAAAGCGGCUAUAAAUGUCUGGGGAUUGGAGAUGAGCCUGCAAAUGGAGAGAAGAAAUCAGAACUGCUUCCUGCCGGUUGGAAUGGAAGCAAGGAGCUGUAUACACUCAGAUACAGAUCAAAUGAUGACAAGUCCAACUUCCUGCUCAAAGCUUUUACUGUGGAUUCAACUCUGAUUUUCAAUUUAAUGGACACAAAAACAGAAAAAGUCACAGACCUGACAGUCAAUGUCAACGAUUACAUUGAUGAAGCCAAUCUGCAAACAUUUGAAAGCGUGUUCAAGAACACAGAUGAACUGAUAAUUAAGUUGAAGUCCUCACUGUUGCCUCCAGAGAAGGAAGAGCGACAAGAAAAGACCGAGAGGAACCGAGAGAGCGAAAAAGCCUCAAAUUCAAGAGAUUUAAACAACGACCCUCUCCUGAUCCCACACAGAGCCCCUCCAACCAGACACCCACCUGACUGGCCCAACCCAAUGGCUCCAUUUGCAGCAGGAGGGGCAGAUCUGGAUCCUUUUGGUGGAAGGGUUGGAGGAAUGAUUGUCGAUCCAUUGCAUGCCGGGUUUCCUCGCUCAGGGUUUGACCCAUCAUCCGGUAUUCCCGGAGUCCUCCCCCCAGGCGCUGUGCCCCCUGGUGCCCGCUUUGACCCAUUCGGUCCGGUCGGGCGUCACAGACCUGGGCCAGACCCUGAUCACAUGCCUCCUCCGGGUUAUGAUGACAUGUUCAUGUAGAGAAGAAACAACAAUUUUCUUCUUGGAAGACUUCCUGUUUUCAGAUGUUCCUCGAUAUGCACUUUGUGUUUGAAUAAAUCUACUUUAUAGGUGUGUUGUAGUGUGAACAAAGCAGGUCCUUAUAAUUCCAUUUUAAUGCCAGGUUUGUGUUUGACUCCUUUUUUUCAGUUUUUGCUACUUAAUCAUUCUGUGUCUGAAAAUUAAACUGCUAUUUGUCCAAUAA